UUUAGCCACGGACUUAGAGAAUAUGUUUGGCUAAUUGUUGCAUGGGAACUUGUAAUGCUAUACGCAGCCGAUUUUAAGGAUGAACAAUGCUACCGCAGUGCUUUUGUCGACUGCAGUUUCCAGUUGGCAUGCAAAUACGAGUAUCAACGAUAGCAACCGUGGUAUGUUCAGCGGAGGCCAUGUAGGCAAUUCUACAGUUGGCUUUCCACCACCAUUUAUGGAAGGUCGUUAUAGUGACAGUCAAAGGCAAGAUGGUUUUGUGGCUUGUCAAGCAGUCUACUUCUGCCUGCUGAUCCUGUUUACAGUGGGCAACGCCUUAAAUCUGGUGGUCCUCAUGCGUAGUGUGCCAGAAUGGAAGACAUCGGCAUGCCACUAUCUGAUUGGAACGGCCGUUUCUGAUUUGAUAGCAGUAUGGCUCGGCUUGCCCGAUUUUUUGUCGAAACCAGAAAUGAGUAUUGAUUUUCGGUUAACCAGCACAAAACUGCUGCGUCCGUGGUUUUCGAAUACUUCGAUGGGUGUUUCCGACUGGAUUCUUGUUGUGUUCUCAUGGGAACGUCUGCUUGUGAUUUCGAGUCCGUUCCGGUUCCGAUUUCUGCAAUGUGUAUUAGCAGCGCGCGUUAUCAUGGUCGUUCUGUUCGCUUUAGCGCUAUCAUGUUAUGCGUUCGAUGUCGUAAAGGCCUACUGCUUCUCUUUCUCCGGGUACAUGGAUCCUGUAGAGUAUGUUUUCAAACCUCCCGGAUGGUUUCUGCCAUGGGACGCAGUGCAUUAUAAGGCAAUACCUGCGGUUCGCAUCCUGACAUUUUUGCUGAUCCUGGUCCCCAGUGUGAUCCUGAUUGUCUUCCUGGUGUGCCAACGACGGUCCGAAUUUGGAAAGAUGCGCCGCUUACAGAAAGUUAAAAGGGCAGCGUCCGCGACCACAUCGGACAACAAGUCACAGCACGCAAUCAACAUCAUCCUGCUGAGCAGUGCACUACUGUAUCUCGUCACGCGCACCCCAACAUUUUUUGACUUGUGUGCAACAGCCUACGCGAAUGACCGUGAUCACACAGCGGUCCACACUAGCUUUCCUUAUUUGGACGACGCCAGUGUGAAUUUAUUUGCGCAUCCAAUUAUCGAUGUAGUCACUUACAUGGGUUAUUCGUUGAAUUUCUAUAUUUACUUGUUCACCGAGCGCCAGUAUCGACGCCGUUUUAUUGAGUUAGUGGCUCGUCCAUUAUGCUGUCCCUGCUUCCCCGCACUAGCAUUGAUCACUAGCACAAGCGAAAGUAGUGACAACCGGCGAACUGAGGAAGUGCAAAUGGACACAAGACGACCACUGGACACUAUGCGGUCCCAAACAUUUCAGUGCGAAACAAACAUGAACUUCAACAAUUUCUGA